AUGUUGUCUAGACGUGUCUUGUUUGCUGUGUGCAAGCCACAAUUCUCACUCUUCGCUUCUCAAGCUGCUUCCUAUCACACCAUCAGAUCAUUGAAUGCGGCUGCUGAUCAAGCUUCACCAAAAUUCAAUGUCGAAUUGUUGUUAAAGGAACAAAAAGAAAAGCAACGUUUGAAGGAAUUGGAAAAGAAGCUUCAACGCGAGCAAGCAGCAAAAUUGAAGGCCCAAAAACAAAAAGCAAAGGAGAGAUUGACUUUGGCUGCUCAAAAGCAAGCUGAAAAGGCUAAACAAGCUGCUAUGCGCAAGAAGGAUCCAAACGCUCCAAAGAGAGCCCUGACUCCAUUGUUGUGGUACACUACUCGCAACUAUGUUGCUGUUCAAAAUGAAUUGACUCAAAACGGAACACUCAAACCUGAUACUCCAUCGAAAUUCACUGUGGUUCAACGUGAAUUGAAGAAGAGAUGGGAUGCUUUGAGUGAGGAAGAAAAGUCUGCCUAUGUCGAUUUGGCUGCUCAAGACAAGGCUCGUUAUCACAGAGAAAUGGGUGCAUACAGAAGAAGAAAGCAAGCAAACAGAAGACCAAUCUCCUCUUAUUUGCGUUUCUACAAUGAGAUCAGAGAAUCAUUGAGGAAGGAAUUUCCUGAUGCUAAGAUCACUGAAUUGAGCAAGGUUGCUGGUGAAAGAUGGAGAGCAUUGGAUGAAAAUGCCAAGCAAAAGUACAUUAAUGCCUAUCAGGAAGAUUUGGAAAGAUGGAUGGAGGAACAUGGAGAAUAA